AUGCUGGACCCUUCCUCCAGCGAGGAGGAGUCCGAUGAGCUGCUGGAAGAGGAGCGGCGGGACGUGCUGGUGGCGGCGGGCGGCGGCUCGCCGCGCUCGCUGCCGCCGGCGCCCCGGGACUCGCGGGGCAGGGAGGCCGGGGCGGCGCGGGCAGCCAGCCCCAGCCCUUCGGUGCUGAGCGAGGGCCGGGAGGAGCAGGAGCGCCUACAGCGAGAGGAACGGGAGAAGCGGCUCCGGCUGCAGCUCUACGUGUUCAUCGCGAGGUGCAUCGCGCACCCCUUCAACGCCAAGCAGCCCACGGACAUGGCCCGCCGGCAGCAGAAGCUCAACAAGCAGCAGCUGCACGUACUGAAGGAACGUUUCCAGGCCUUUUUGAAUGGGGAGACUCAAAUUGUAGCAGAUGAAGCAUUUUGCAAUGCUGUGCGAAGUUACUAUGAGGUAUUUCUCAAGAGUGACCGGGUUGCAAGAAUGGUCCACAGUGGAGGAUGUUCUGCAAGUGACUUUAGAGAUGUUUUUAAGAAAAACAUAGAAAAGAGAGUCCGAAGUUUGCCAGAAAUUGAUGGAUUAAGCAAAGAGACAGUGUUAAGUUCUUGGCUAGCCAAAUACGAUGCCAUAUACAGGGGAGAAGAAGACUUUUGCAAACAGCCAAAUAGAAUGGCCUUAAGUGCUGUGUCAGAGCUGAUUCUGAGCAAGGAACAGCUUUAUGAAAUGUUUCAGCAGAUUCUAGGGAUCAAAAAAUUGGAGCACCAGUUGAUUUAUAAUGCCUGCCAAUUGGAUAAUGGAGAUGAGCAAGCAGCCCAGAUAAGACGUGAACUAGAUGGACGGCUACAACUGGCAGAACAAAUGGCAAGGGAAAGAAAAUUCCCAAAAUUUGUUACAAAGGAAAUGGAGAACAUGUACAUAGAAGAGUUGCGGUCUUCAGUGAAUUUGCUGAUGGCAAAUUUGGAAAGUCUACCAGUGUCUAAAGGUGGGCCAGAAUUCAAACUGCAGAAGUUAAAGCGGUCACAGAAUUCUGCAUUCUUGGACAUAGGAGAUGAAAAUGAAGUUCAGCUGUCAAAGUCUGAUGUGGUUCUCUCCUUCACAUUAGAGAUUGUUAUAAUGGAGGUACAAGGUUUAAAGUCAGUUGCUCCCAAUCGGAUUGUCUACUGCACCAUGGAAGUGGAAGGGGGUGAAAAGCUUCAGACAGACCAAGCAGAAGCUUCGAGGCCACAAUGGGGAACCCAAGGGGAUUUCACCACUACUCACCCUCGGCCUGUUGUCAAAGUAAAACUCUUUACAGAAAGCACUGGGGUGCUGGCACUUGAAGAUAAAGAACUGGGAAGAGUUGUGUUAUAUCCAACGUCCAAUAGCCCAAAGUCUCCUGAUCUGCAUAAAAUGAUAGUUCCCAAAAACAGCCAGGACAGUGACCUGAAAAUUAAACUGGCGGUGAGAAUGGAUAAACCACCUCACAUGAAGCACUGUGGGUACUUGUAUGCUCUAGGACAGAAGGUUUGGAAGCGGUGGAAAAAACGCUACUUUGUCCUUGUUCAGGUUAGCCAAUACACAUUUGCAAUGUGCAGUUACAGAGAAAAGAAGUCUGAGCCUCAGGAACUGAUGCAACUGGAAGGAUACACUGUGGAUUACACAGCUCCUCACACAGGUCUUCAGGGUGGACGAAUGUUUUUCAACGCUGUUAAAGAAGGCGAUACUGUGAUAUUUGCCAGUGACGAUGAGCAGGAUAGAAUACUCUGGGUUCAAGCUAUGUACAGAGCCACAGGUCAAUCUUACAAGCCUGUUCCUGCAAGUCAAGCUCAGAAGAUGAAUCUUAAAGGAGGCAAUGCCAACACAGAUAUAUCCCCACUUUAUACAGACCGUGGCCAGAAACAUGGCAUGGAUGAGUUUAUUUCUGCUAAUCCCUGCAAAUUUGACCAUGCUUCCCUCUUUAGACUGCUUCAGAGACAGACCUUGGAUCACAGAUUGAAUGACUCCUAUUCUUGUUUGGGCUGGUUUAGCCCAGGUCAGGUCUUCGUUUUGGAUGAAUACUGCGCUCGCUACGGGGUGAGAGGCUGUCACCGCCAUCUCUGCUAUCUUGAUGAACUGAUUGAAUAUUCAGAAAACGGUUCUGUCAUUGAUCCAACCUUGCUCCACUACAGCUUUGCAUUUUGUGCUUCUCAUGUUCAUGGUAACAGGCCAGAUGGAAUUGGAACAGUAUCUGUGGAAGAGAAAGAAAGGUUUGAGGAAAUUAAGGACAGACUUUCCUCCCUUCUAGAAAACCAAAUAAGCCAUUUCAGAUACUGUUUCCCAUUUGGACGUCCUGAAGGAGCUUUAAAAGCCACACUUUCAUUACUUGAAAGGGUUUUAAUGAAAGAUAUUGCCACUCCCAUACCAGCAGAAGAGGUGAAGAAAGUGGUUAGAAAAUGUCUGGAGAAGGCUGCCUUGAUCAAUUACACUCGACUUACAGAAUAUGCCAAAAUAGAAGAGACCAUGAAUCAAGCAACACCUGCAAGAAAACUGGAAGAGGUUCUUCACCUUGCAGAACUGUGUAUCGAAGUAUUGCAGCAAAAUGAAGAGCAUCAUUCAGAGGGAAGAGAGGCAUUCGCUUGGUGGCCAGAAUUGUUGGCUGAGCAUGCAGAGAAGUUUUUAUCUCUGUAUUCUGUUGAUAUGGAUUCAGCACUUGAGGCACAGCCGCAGGACUCCUGGGACAGCUUCCCACUUUUCCAGCUGCUGAAUAAUGCCCUCAGAAAUGACACACUUUUGUGCAAUGGAAAGUUUCACAAGCACUUGCAAGAAAUUUUUGUUCCCAUGGUUGUCCGCUACAUUGAUCUCAUGGAAUCAUCUAUUGCCCAGUCCAUUCACAGAGGUCUUGAACAAGAGUCAUGGCAACCUGUCAAGAGCAUCACCAACAGUCUUCCUAAUGUAGCUCUUCCAAAAGUUCCAAGUUUGCCUCUUAAUCUUCCACAAAUACCUAGCUUUACUACACCAACCUGGAUGACUUCUUUGUAUGACUCCACCAAUGGAUCAGCGACAUCUGAAGAUCUUUUCUGGAAACUGGAUGCUCUGCAGAUGUUUGUUUUUGAUCUUCACUGGCCAGAACCAGAAUUUGCCCACCAUUUAGAGCAGAGACUUAAACUCAUGGCCACUGACAUGAUUGAAGCCUGUGUUAAAAGAACAAGAAUUGCAUUUGAACUGAAGCUGCAAAAGGCAAACAAAUCAACAGACUUGCGUAUACCUUCUUGUCUGUGUACAAUGUUUAACGUCUUAGUUGACGCCAAGAAACAGACAGCUAAACUCUGCAUACUGGAUGGGGGCCAAGAGCAACAAUACCAUUCAAAAAUAGAUGACUUGAUUGAAGAAACAGUUAAAGAAAUUAUUUCACUUCUUGUUUCAAAGGUUGUUUCAGUGUUAGAAGGUGUGCUGUCUAAAUUGUCAAGAUAUGAUGAAGGUACUUUCUUCUCAUCAUUAGUUUCAUUCACUGUAAAAGCAGCUGCCAAAUAUGUUGAUGUUCCGAAACCAGGAAUGGAUCUAGCAGACACCUACAUUAUGUUUGUUCGGCAAAACCAGGAUAUCCUUCGAGAAAAGAUCAAUGAGGAAAUGUACAUAGAGAAGUUAUUUGAUCAAUGGUAUAGCAACUCCAUGAAAGCCAUAUGCGUGUGGUUGGCUGAUAGAUUAGACAUUCAGCUUCACAUCUACCAGCUGAAGACUCUCAUCAAGAUAGUGAAGAAAACCUACCGAGACUUCAGGUUGCAAGGCGUGAUGGAGGGGACGCUGAACAGUAAAACCUACGACACCGUGCACAGCCGCCUGACUGUAGAGGAAGCCACAGUCUCAGUCACAGAUGCGGGAGGACUUCAGGGCAUUACAAUGAAAGACAGUGAUGAGGAGGAAGGAUGAUGUUAUUUCACAAAGCAUUCAGAGCUGGGGGUGAUGGUCUGAGGGUGGGGUUUAUCUUUGCCUUGGGGUUUUUUGGUAACUUGUCCUUGUAAUUGCAUUAAUAGUUUUGCCUUAUGAUACCAGUGCAGAAAUGCAAUUUGCUCCAUUAAAAAAGAAAGUAAGAUUAUCAGAGGAAAAGUGCCAAGGACUUUUGAGAAUAAUGGUCGUAGCAUAUUUUUAUGUAUAGCUUUGCUUAGGGCUGCAAAAACACUGGCAUGGAGUUAGAGUUCCACUUGUGAUUACAUUUCUUUCCCUUCUGUUAGCUACCAUUCAUUCUUGUAUCUCCAUCUGAUAUCGAUGUCCUGUGCAGAAACAAGAUGUGUGUCUCACUUAAAACAGAGCUAUACAGGAAAUCAUCCUUGGAAUGAGUCAAUGCCCUAGGUAAAAAAAAAAAAAAAAAAAAAAAAAAAAA